AUGGUGGCAUCUCCGUGCGCCCGGCGGCUGGCGCGGCGCUCCCGCUCGGCGCUGGUGGCGGCGCUCACCGUGCUGCUCCUGCAGACCCUCCUCGUCUGGAAUUUCACCUCCCUCGACGCCGGCGAGGAGCAGCGCGGCGGCCGCGAGAAGCGAGACCGCGGCGGAGACCAGCGGGGGCAGCCGCAGCGCCGCGGACCCGCCGCCCCGCACGGCAAGGCGAUGGAUGGCUAUUUUUCCCACCGACCGAAAGAGAAAAUGCGAACAGACAGCAAUAAUGAAAAUUCAGUCCCCAAGGACUUUGAAACUAUUGAUAACAGUAACUUUGCUCCCAGGACUCAGAGGCAAAAACACCAGUCUGAGCUGGUGAAAAAACCCCUUAGCAAGCAAAAGGAGCACUUGAGAAAGAAACUGGAAGAGGAAAAGAUGAAGGAGAACUUGCUGCUGGGGAAGAACUCCAAUGAGGUGGUGCAGUUCAGCGAUCACCCUGGAAAAAACAGCAGCAGCAGCAACAACUACAACAAUCUGAAGGAGAUUGACAGGUCUCCCAAAGAGCAUCUUUUAAAAAAAAUUGAAAACAGCUUCCCUGAACUGAAAUACGACCAACCACCAAAGUGUGAGGUGACGGGCAAAGAGGCAAUCUCAGCCAUGUCCCGCUCUAAGUCUAAGCAGUGUCGGCAGGAGAUCGCGGAUGUGUAUUGCCAGCACAAGGUCGGGAAGCUGAUGCCGGAGAAGGUGACACGUUUCUGUGCCCUGGAGGGAAAAGCCAACAACAAUGUACAGUGGGAUGAGGACUCCGUAGAAUACAUGCCAGCCAACCCAGUCAGGAUCGCAUUUGUCUUGGUUGUUCAUGGCAGAGCUUCUCGGCAGCUCCAACGCAUGUUUAAGGCUAUUUACCAUAAAGACCAUUUUUAUUACAUUCAUGUUGACAAGCGAUCCAAUUACUUGCAUCGACAAGUGCUCCAGUUUGCCAGCCAGUACCCAAACGUGAGAGUCACUUCUUGGAGAAUGGCAACUAUCUGGGGAGGAGCAAGUCUUCUGUCCACCUACCUGCAGACCAUGAGGGACUUAAUGGAGAUGAAUGACUGGCCAUGGGAUUUCUUCAUUAACCUCAGUGCUGCUGACUACCCAAUCAGGACAAAUGAUCAGCUCGUAGCAUUCCUGUCCAGAUACCGCGAUAUGAACUUCUUGAAAUCCCAUGGGAGGGACAAUGCAAGAUUUAUCAGAAAACAAGGACUGGAUCGGCUUUUCCUGGAAUGUGAUACACACAUGUGGCGCCUGGGGGACCGGAAGAUCCCAGAAGGAAUCACAGUUGAUGGAGGGUCAGACUGGUUUCUCCUAAACAGGAAGUUUGUGGAGUAUGUGACUUUUUCUAAUGAUGACCUGGUAACAAAGAUGAAGAGGUUUUACUCUUACACGCUGCUUCCUGCUGAGUCCUUCUUUCACACUGUUCUGGAGAAUAGCCCGUACUGUGACUCCAUGGUGGACAACAACUUGCGCAUCACGAACUGGAAUCGUAAACUCGGUUGCAAGUGUCAAUACAAGCACAUUGUUGACUGGUGUGGCUGUUCACCUAAUGACUUCAAACCAGCAGACUUUCACCGUUUCCAGCAGACCGCCAGGCCAACUUUCUUCGCCCGCAAGUUUGAAGCUGUAGUGAACCAAGAGAUAAUCGGCCAGCUGGACUAUUACUUGUACGGCAACUACCCCUCUGGCACGCCCGGCCUGCGGGCCUACUGGGAGAACGUGUACGACGAGCCCGACGGGGUGCACACCCUCAGCGACGUCGCCCUCACCAUGUACCACGCGUUCUCCCGCCUGGGCCUGCGCAGAGCCGAGACCUCCCUCCACGCUGCCGGAGACAGCAGCUGCCGAUACUAUCCCAUGGGCCAUCCAGUUUCCGUCCAUCUUUACUUCCUUGCUGACCGUUUCCAAGGCUUCCUGAUCAGACACCACGCAACCAAUUUGGCUGUCAGUAAACUAGAAACUUUGGAAACAUGGGUGAUGCCCAAGAAAGUCUUCAAGGUCGCAAGUCCACCAAGUGAUUUUGGAAGGUUGCAGUUCUCAGAGAUUGGCACCGAAUGGGACGCCAAGGAGAGGCUUUUCCGGAAUUUUGGAGGACUCCUCGGGCCAACAGAUGAGCCAGUUGGCAUGCAGAAAUGGGGAAAAGGCCCCAACGUCACCGUGACUGUCAUCUGGGUGGAUCCUAUUAAUGUAAUUGCAGCAACUUAUGAUAUUCUUAUUGAAUCCAGUGCCGAGUUUACUCACUACAAACCACCUCUGAAUUUGCCCCUGCGACCCGGUGUCUGGACAAUAAAAAUCCUGCACCACUGGGUACAGGUAGCUGAAACCAAAUUCCUUGUUACUCCUCUCACCUUCUCUAAUCAGCAGCCUAUCAAACAAGAGGAAGCCAUGAAGUACCACAGCGGGCCUCCAAAGAACGCGUACAUGGAGCAGAGCUUCCAGGGCCUGAACCCCGUCCUGAACAUCCCCAUCAGCGCCGCCCGCGUGGACCAGGCCAAGAGGAACGCGGGGCUCGUGGGCGCGCGCCUGGAGGCCUGGGUGGACUCUCUGGUGGGCAGCGUCUGGUCAGCCGUGGACAUCUGCAGCGUCGGCCCCACCGCCUGCCCGGUCAUGCAGGGCUGUGCCCAGACAGCCUGGAGCUCCCUCAGCCCCGACCCCAAAUCUGAGCUGGGCCCCGUCAAACCCGACGGCCGCCUGAGGUAGCAUCCGGCACGCCCUGCUCCGGCAUAGGCUCUUAAAAGGGAAUUUAACCUUGCUUCUGUGUGAAUCCCACACCAGAUUUCAGAAACCUAAGGGAAUGUUACUUUUUUUUUGGUUACCUAUUGCAAUAUAUAAUUCAUUUUAAAAAAAAUAUUAAAAAAAAAAAUAAUUUCAGACAAGGCCUUUGGCACUGCCCUCUCCAUCAGCUCUGUUGGGAGCAGCUUCACUUGUCCCACAGCCUGUGCUGUCCCGUGGGGACCCGGCUGUACCACGUGCUGCUGCACCCACUGUCUUGUGGGUUUGGAAACAGUAGUGCCAAGCCAUGGAGACGGCAGUGAAGGAGCAGCUGCUAAAAGUGUUUUUUAAAAAUAAAUUUGUCUGCACCUCUGCUACUUCAUAGGCUUUCAUUAUUUUGCUACCAUGAAUAAAUCACAGCAAAAUUCCCAGAGGUGAGUUAACUGCAGGCUGGAGCCUCUAUGGCCACAUAACCUCACAGAAUGUGAAAUAAUUAUGGUACACCAUCCCUCUGGUUUUUAAUAACACAGAGUAAUUCUGGACUCAGCUGAUGUCUGUUAUCCUAGUUAGGAAAAACAAACAAACGCAGAAACUUUCAGAGAUUUUUUAGACUAAUUUCACAAUCAGCUCUAAAUGGAAUAAGUGUUUUGCUAUAUUAGUCUUUUAUGUCUCAUGCAGUCGGGUUCAGGGUCAGCGCAGUAAGAGUAUUUAUUAAAGAACAAAGAAGUAUUUUGAAUUUCAGCCCUUUCAAAUCUGCAGGUAUAUUCUGAGCCCACCAGUACCUGAGCAUUUUCACAGGCUGCCAGUACAGCAGUUGUGCAUGUGUAGGUUGGGGUGGGUUGUGAUGUGUCUGCUCACAUCCUUUCCUGAUUUUGCUCAUGAGCUGAGCUGAGUUUUUUCUCAGGUGAUGGAGUUGCACAGAACCAGUGAAAUGGUCAAAUUGAGACCUAAAUCUGCAACAACGGAUUUCUUCCCUAGUUUGAGCAGUGGCUAGUUAGUCUUAACACUAAUUCCCUCCCUUGGUCUCAGAUCUCCAUCUCUUUGUGAAGAAGGAUCCUUCUAGGCUUGUGCAGGGCAUCUGGAAAGCUGUGCAGGACAUGGGUCCCUGCCUGAAGCCAGAAGCUGAACAAAAAGGAGAGCAAUGCCAUGUUUCUCUGUGCUUUUACUUUAUUCUGUCAGUCUACCCUUGCCUGCCUUCAGAAUUCCUAGCAAGCUGCAUCCUGUUUCAAAUAGGCAUGUUUUGCAUCAUUUUAACAUGCAUUUUCUGCGGUAGGAAAAAAUUAAUUUACAUUCCAAGAACUUUUUAAAAUACAGGUUUUGUAUGCAAAUUCAUCUCCAACUAAUGCAUUUGAUGUUAGCAAAAACAUGCACUUUGUUGUAGUUGCUGUGGUAAUAAUCUCUUAUUAGCAACAGAACCCAAAAAGGCCAUUAGAAGCUAUUGGGUUAAUUAGGAAAGAAGUCCUGUUGCUCUAAUGAAGUAAGGUGUCUGUUCACCAUUCUGUGUGCAUGGCUAACUUUCUGCUGAGAGUUGAGUGUGCACACCAGGAGGGAAACAGACCCUUAAAUCAUUCCAUAAUCAAAUCUCACAGGAAGGUUGAAUUCCCUUUUAAAUAACAAUUCCAGUAUGACUGUAACACACAGUUCCCAGUGACUUGUAGAAUCUCUCUGUCAUAUUGGUUUAAAGCUACUUGCAGUUUGCUUUGGACUUGAAAUUGUGGUGUCAGCUGUGCUGGCAUUAAGGCAGAGCAUUGAAAUGUUUAUCUGGCACAAAAAUGGAUGCAUAGAAGGAACAAUUUAGGUAUUUAUUAUUUAUGUUUUAGUCAAUGACUAAUUAGUAGGUGCUGCCUUUGCAGCUUGAAGAUUAUGUUAUUUUACUAACUGAAGCUGCCUUUAUUAAGAAAAGGCCUUCCUCCCCUCACACCUCCCUUUCUUUUUUUGUCUUGAUUUUGACAGUCAUGAGCCGUAGUUUUAGGGAAGUUUGUAGCAAUGAGAACUGGUUGAAAUAUUUCAAUCAAGACAAUGCUCCAGUUUUUCAACCAGCUCUAGACGCAAGCGUGUUUGAAACCAGGGUUGCCAACAGGUUUAUGUAAUAGAAUCACAGUGUUAUUUCUUAUUCAGUAGGGUUUUUUAACAGUGCUUGUUUUUAAUCUAACAUUCCUUUGUGAAGUUCAUAUUUUUCUGGGGACCUCCAAUCCUCACUGUGAAAUCCAGGGCUUUAGUCACACUGAUGCAAUGGCAACUGCACGGUCCAAGCCCUUCAGAUUAAAUGAAGAAUGUUGUAUUUAGGGCACACAAUAAAAUUCAUUAACAAGCCCAGGCAGUGCUUGUUCUCAAUAAGGCUACUGGGGUAGUCACAAAAUCUUCAGUCUGUCUUGCACAUAAGCAUAUGUGUAGGGGUGCACCCACGCGCACGCAUGCAGAUAACUUAAGUUUUAAAAUUUGAUGCUUAUUUUUAUUCUUAAGCAGGAAUGUUUUUAAGUGCUUUGUUGGUAAGUCUUCAUUACUAACUAGACCAAGCAGAAGGUGACAGCAAUCACGUCUUCUGUGGUUAAGAAAAAAAAAUCUGCCAUUUUUAUCGUUUAAAAUAUAAGGUGCAAAUUAUUUCGUUGUAGUACAAAAAAAAAGGGAAAGAAAAUUAAUGGUUGCUGAUAUAUCCAUUUGCAUUAUAUGCUAGGUUUAAAAUAUCUCAAAGCAAAACUUAUAUUAGUUUAUUUUCUGAAAGACAAAAAGUAUCUACACAGUGAAGUUUUGUAGCAAGCUGGCAAUCCCAGUGCUGCUGUUAAAACAUGGGAUGCAGAGCUGAAGGGGCUGACCCUGCAGUCCUUUCUCAGGCAAAACUUCUACAGAGUACUAAUGCUGAGUGAGGGCUUCAGAGUCAAGUCCAGCAUACCUAAACUGUGUGACGGUAUGCUAGGGGUAAAUUGCUGUCUCUGUUUGAACUCAUCAAAGGAUAAACUGCCAUUUUUGGCAAAUCUUCUCGGGGCAGUGUAAAAUUCUGGAACUAAAUAACCACCUCUACUAUAGCUAUUAAUGUACAGACAUGGAUCCAUAAGUUAUAUGUGGUACUCUGUGUCUGCAUUACAAAAUCCUGUAGUUGUGAUUGAAAACCAUGUAAAGCCAGACCCUGCAUCAGGGAUCAGUGGUAGCGCUGCUAAGGCCAACGUCCUGCUUAGUGGUUUUUCUGGCCUGAAAUGGCAGCACUGGAAACCCGUGAUGAACAUUGUCAAUUGUCAGAAGAGAAUAACUUCACAGAUCUUACAUUUGGUGAAAAGGAGAAUUCAGAGCAGGGACCCACAGUUUGUAUAAAAGAAGCGAGUUAUCCAUCUUCAUCUGAAUGUGCAGGUGUUACUGUCCAAUCAUACUGGCCAGUCCUGGCUGAACGGGAUUCCAGCUGAAAGCCAGGUUUGAUCAAAAUCCCUUUCAAUGGGAGAGGGUUAUAUUUCCAUAGGCACACAUUUGUCCUCUGUGUGUAAUGCUUUCCUUGUUUAAAUUCCAUGCCCAUUCUGCACGACAGCCAUGUAACACUCCUGUGAUCAAUCUGUAUUACACAGAAAGGCAACGUGGCAAAAUGCAGAACAUCUACAUACAUGAUUUAAUGAAUUAUGUCCAAAGUCAGUCUUAGCAUUAUGCAAACCUGUUUAUAUGGUAAUGUUAAACCCCGAGGCUAAACGAAAUCACUCAAAUGACAGUUUAUUUUCAGAUUUGUCCAAUUCUUUCUUUGAUGACAUUUGGACAUUGAGUAGUAAUAUUUGCAUUUUCAUUUCCUGAUAUUCAAGGGGGGGUUUUUUUAGAAUUGAAAUUAUGUCUUCAUUUUUUGUGCUCUUGGCAAGUAGAGAAUUUUAACAAUUCCUUCAUGAUAGCAAGUGUUAUACAAGGAAGUUCCUGUGUAUCUCUGUUGUAAAGCCUUCGUUAUUGCUAAGCCUAGAGAUACAGGGGUGUGCAUUCGUGUAUUACAAAUUGACUUUCCUGGGUAUUGGCUUCAGUGCACAAUGCCUGUACAGUUGUUUAACGGCAUAUUAACAGUGAUCCUGCAGCACCUGCAGAAGGACCAACUAAUGGGCAUUCACUUUCUCUCCAUCUCUUGUAGCACUAAUUGCAAUGCUAAUGAAGCCUCCAUCACUCUUAGCUACGAUUACAGUGAGCAGAGUAGUGAAGUCAGUGAAUCAGAGCUGGCAUAGUCUAAACCUGACCAAAGGGAGAGAGGAAGGGUAAAGAGGAUGCUGAAACUUAGCAAAAGUUUGACACAAUUGUGCUGCAACAAAAUGUUGAACAAACUGGGCUCCUUCUGCACAGCAAGGCUGAGAACCAUGGAUCCCCUGAGAUCUUAGCUUUGACUUCCCAGAUAAAAAGAAAACAAGAUCCAGAUCUUUCUUGUGGCCAGGCAAUGAGGACCAGCUUUCUGUUGAUUUCUCUCAUUCUCUUUCAUCACAGCUGGCAGAGAACUGCCAGCUUGCCGCUGGCUAUCACACCCUCCUUGUCUUCCCACAUCCCAAAGCUUCAGGAGUCGGCCACGUGAAACCUUGGCCAACUCCACCACUUUCCACUGAGCAGGAAGUUUUAUACAUGUGUGAGCCAAAUCCCUUAGGCUUCUUAAAAAACCCUUGCUGCAGACCAGAAAAGUUGGCUUUUCAGAGCGGCCUUCAGUCAGUUCAGUACUCACACACAGGAAGGAGUUGGUGAAAACCAGCAGUUACCUUUUCCUGAUUUUCAGGUAAGGGUAUUUGAUAUAUGUAAGAGGAGACUUGGUUAUUUCAGGAGCAGAGUAAGACCGACCUGGUAGGAAGUAGUAGACCAUCAUAGUAAGGGAAAGAAGCGUCAGGCUGAGAGCAUUUAAAAUUGAGGCAACAAGAUCUUACAGCCCAUGUUACCCAGGACCACAGCAGCAUUAGGGUGUCUCAGUUAAGUGGUAUUGGCACCAGUUAAUCCUCACAAUGUGACACUGCAGGUACCAUGUUGAUUCUGUUCCUUUCUACUGACAGUGGUGUGUUCAUCACUCUGCUCUUUGCUUCUGCCUUGGUUACCUUCUUUUGCUCAUGGGUGCUAUCACAGCUGCUACCUCACUGUGUCUGCAAACACGUUUACCUGAGAACAACAAAAAAAGGUACCAGAAAUCUCCUUGAACUGAAUGUACAAUCUAUGCAAAAUUCUCUUUCUACUUUGUUAAAACCUAGAAGUAUUACUUGUAACCUUGCCAAAUAAACAGCAAGAUACUGUACAGGUGCCUCUGAUAACAGAGUGACAUUUCUAGGCGCGGUUCAUUGCGCUGCAUUUGUAUAUUGUAAUGACUCGGCUUGUCUUUGGUUCUGUUGUAAUUAACACCCUCGACUGAGAAGAUAGCACUCUUGCUAGGGGAGCACCUUCAGUUUGCUGGGAAUAUUCCAGAGGAGGAUGUCUAUGGCAUUUCAUUUCGUUUUCCUGCUUAGAUCCAAAAAAAAAAAAAAGGCACAGACCUGCUGGCCAAAACUAGGAUGUUGUUUCAGCUUUUCCGUGGGUGAAUCCUAUCGGCUUUGGAUCGCUCGGUGUCUGUUCCCAUUGUGGCAUCCAGUGUGUUGCCCCUUAAAGAAAGCCUUACUUUCAUCCUUUCUAAAUGUGGCCUUAAACUGUGUUAGGAACUUUGGUGUUGUCUGUGUCUUGCUCACUUUCUCUGUUUAUUGUGGAAUGAAUAAAAGGCACCUUGAGAUUUCUAUUACAGCUCAGUUGUGUUGCUGUCAGCUUACACUUCACAAAUACAAUAGAAAUUGCUUACAAAUGCAGUCUUUAAAGGAAGUAAAUGACCUUCCCUUUGGGCAAAAGGAAAGCUCAGACAUUCAUAUGAACCUUAGGAAAUUAUGAACUCUGUCUUUCCCAACUCAGUGUAGAUAAGGAAGGGUGGUUUAAUUACCUCCAAAGAACAAACUUAAUAACUUUUAAUUUAUCUUCAGACUACAACAAGACAGACUGCUCUCAGAUGCACAAGACAAAUUGUGCAGUAAUUUCACUCAUUUUAACACGAUGUAGUAACUUUCCUCUCAGAUUUGUACUGGUAGCUGGGAGAAGAAAUAUCCUCUUCAAGGUAUGAUCUUAAAACCUGAAGAAUGUCACCACAUGGGCCAGAUUUGGAGUGGUGGUUGGGAAUCUAACAGUACACUUAGAUCAUAGUGGAGUCUGAGUCAUAAAUGCAGUUUCAAAACUCUGGCUUUUGGAGCUUCAUCCAAAGGUUGUCAAAGUCAGCAGAAACCAAUGACUUCUUCUAGGGCUGGUGUAUGUUGGGUUUCUUUAAUACUUUUCUCCAUGAGAACUGUCGUCUUUCAGUAGCACCAAUAUUCCCGGCAGGCUGCAGGGCUUUUAGGAAUUCCCAAAUCCUAUCCUGUUUUGGUAUUCAGAUGUGGAUACAACCCAAAGGCAACUGAAAAGGGUUUACAUGGAAAACAAGAUUUGUGGAACAAAAAUAAUUAAUUCAGUGUAAUGAAAUUAUUUUUCUGACUUUGUCCUUUUGGUUCUGUUUUGGGUUGAUUGGAUUUUUCUAUUGCCUAACAUAGUCCAUAAUAAGUUAUUUCUAUUCUGUCAUUUUCAAAGACCGGUGGUAAUAUAGUUUUAAGAAAUAACUAUUUUGUUAUAGAUCAUAAUAUGCAUAAAAUUGUACAGAAAUAUUUUGUAAUCUAUUGAAUAAGAAAAAAGAAAACCAUGUAUAUACAGGAAAGUUUAAAAAAAAAAAUUGGAAAUUCAAAUGGAACACACUGAAAGAUGUAGAUAUUUUGCUAUUUAUUUAAAGGAGUAUUUUAUGAGAUAUUGAAAUGUCUUAAAUUGACCAGUAAUCAAAGUUCAAAGUCAGAAUGCUUUUCUUGUAGUAGAAUGUGAUUUUCAGCAAUUAUUGCACUACCCGUUUUUGCACCCUUUUGUCUUUCAUUUAGCAGAAACAAUGUGCCUUAGCUGUAUUCUUUGUCAAUGGGAGUUUGGUUGUUUGUCCGACAAAGCACAUUUUUUUGCAGAAAAAGAAAUGGAUGUAUGAAAUACUGUAUUAUACCAAAAACACUGCAGUGUAUAUAAAUGCUUUCUGUCAUACUGUGUUUUCAGAUGCAGAGUUUUAAAAUAAUAAAUAAAAAAAUAAUUAAAAAAAAAAAGCUGUCU